AUGCCGGCGUUCUCCGUCUCCGACAGGAUCUCCGUGCUGGGGUGCUUGGGCACGGUCCGGUAUGUAGGCGUUCUUCCGGCGUGGGGCCCCGGGGUCGUGGCCUAUGGCGUCGAAUGGGACGACAAGGCCCGGGGUAAGCAUAGUGGCGAGCUCGCCGGCGUCCGGUACUUCUGCACCCGUGUCCCCAACGCCGGGUCUUUCAUCAAGGCGUCCAACAAAAACAUCGACGCGCCGUGCCUGUUCCUUGACGCGGUGCGCCGCCGCUACUCCAGCGAGGCCAACUCCAUGGCGCUUGUGGAGACGGUCAAGAUAGGCUCCAAGACCGUGGAGAAGUACGGGUUCGGGCGGCUCAGUGAGGUGCAGGCCGACGUGGCCGCAUUGGGCGUGGUGAUGGUGGACCAUCAACAGAUCCGGGCAGUUGGAGGCAAAUCCAGCCCGGAGCCGGCUCCAGGGAGUCCUCUGUUCAGCGCCCACACGUUGGACUUGGGCUCCAACUUGCUCGUGGACUGGGCAGAAGUGGCGCAGAUCGUGCGGCAUUUUCCCCGCUUGCAAGCCGUGAAUUUGAACGGGAACCGGCUCCGGCGUUUGCCGGCUCCAAUGCCGGGGCCCGCGUCGUGGACUGUGUUCCCCGCGUCCGUCCGCGAGGUGGCGCUUUCGGCGACAUACGUGCUGGCCGGGGCACUCCUGUGCUUGGACCUCUCGCACGUGACCCGCCUCGAGUUGGCGGCCAACGGCAUCGACGACCAAUGGCUCGCCGAAUGGCGGCCGCCGCCCCGCUUGCAGGCCGUCGACUUGUCCUUCAACAGCUUGCGCCUGGUCCCGCCGGCACUCCAUUUGCAGACGCUCGCGCACGUGGUGUUGGCGGACAACUGCAUCUCGGACGUGGCCGCGUUGCCCGUGUUCCCCCACACGCGGACGCUCGAUCUCCGGCGGAACCCGAUCUCCUCCUACGAGGACGUGGACGCGCUCGCCGGCAAGUUCCCGGCUCUCCGCGAGCUCCGCAUCAACGGCUGCCCGGUUUUCGACGGGCUCUCGCCGGAAGAGGAGGCCUUCGCUUUGAUCGGCCGGUUGGAGUGCCAGGCCUGGGCCCGCCAGCCACACCGCGCGGUGUGCAAGCUCAACGGCAGCCCGUUGCAGGCGCUGGAGAUCCGCAACGGCGAGCUCCACUUCAUGGCCGAGGUCCGGGCCGGCCGGCUCGCGUGCUCCAACACCCGGCGCUGGCAGGCGCUCCUCACGAAAUACCACGUCUCCGCGGAGCCGGGCCGGCCGGGCCGGCCGGGCGGCUUCUCCGUCGAUCGGCGGGUCCGGCUCUCGGUGCGCUUGGCGGCGAGCCCCGACACGGAGCUCUUCUCGCGCGUGUUUGCGCAGAACAGCCCGGUGCUCCGGCUCAAAGGCCUCGUGGCCCGGCACGUGCGCCGCUACGUUCUCGACGUGUCGCUCUUCUACUACGUCCACGACGACGCCGCGCUGGGGCCGCGCGAGCCCAUGGCCGACGACGCCGCCAGCCUCCAGAGCCACGGGUUCUCGGACAAUCACCGCAUAUAUGUACUAUAA